AAAAAAAAAAAGCUAAAGAAAUACAGAAAAAAAACAGGAGGUUCCCAGGUGAAGAGGAGGCUCGUGCUGACGUUUCAUCCUGUCCAAGAUGGCAAACCUUGUGACAUCGUUGUGCUGUGUAGUUCUGGCCGCAGUGGUGGUAGCCUACGCUCAGAGACGCAGUCAGCUUGUUGCUAGGAACCAGUAUGAGCGAAUGAGCAGUGAUGUCACCAUGCAGUGCGGCUCCCUGGACAAUGACGCAUCAGUGUCAUGGAAGGUGAACGGGACAGACGUGAAGGCCCAGCACCAUCUAGAGGGUCCCAGACUGAUGCUGACCGGAGUGGACCUCAGCCACAACGGACUGUACAGCUGCUUUCAGAACCCGGACGGAGAGAGACGCGACACCAUCUUCCUCCACAUCGGCAGUAAGUAG